AUGGCUCAAUCCCAACCUCAGCAAGAUGACCUACUCGAUACCCUCCUUCAUUCGUACAGUACCGCCUCAGCAUCGGGAUCAGUAAAAGGUCCAGGUAUAGGACCUGAGAAAAAGAAGGAAUAUGGAUAUAAAGAUUUCGAGGCUGUCCUGGAAUCCACACCGAUAUUCAUGAAGGAGACUCCGAAGGAUGGAGAGACGAAUGAUGUCUUGGAGGCUCUUAGGACGUUGGUCUUCGAGGGUGAAGGUGAUGAAAUAGCCACCAAUUUCAAGAAUCACGGCAACGAGCUCCACCUUCAAAAAUCCUAUAGCGAAGCUGUCAAAGCCUAUACCUCCGGACUGGAUUCCAACCCUAAAGACCUAAAGCUGAAAAUCACCUUAUUGAACAAUCGAGCUCAGAGUAAUCUCUUAUUGAAAAAUCAUAAAUCCGUUUUGAAGGAUGUAGGAACGAUUAUUGCAUUGUAUACGACGGAGAAGUGGGAUAGUGAUAAACCGUUGAUCAAAGCUAUGUAUAGAGUUAGUAAUAGCUUGAUAGCUCUCGAAAGGUGGAAAGAAGCUUUGGAUGUUAUAACCAGAGCUAAAAAGGAAAUUCAAGAUGGAAAAAUCGUAGGCGAAGAUAUAAGUUUGUGGGAUGGGUUAGAGAAGAAAGUGGUCGAUGGACAGAAAAGGGAUGAAGAUAGGAUAAAAAGAAUAAGGAAAGAACAAGUUAUUAAAGGAUUAUUGGAAAGAGCGGUUAAUCAAAGAGGGUUGAUUAAUGUGAAAACUCCAAACCCACCUGAUAAUUCCCCACCUGUCCAUUUCGAUCCAUCAGAAUACAUAGAAGAUCAAUGGGAAGAAAGUAUAUCAAUUGAUACUCCCCUGAUAUUCCCCGUAUUCUUGUUAUACCCCCAAUACGGUCAAUCGGAUUUUAUAACUUCUUUCCAGGAAAACACUUCUUUCCUAGAUCAGCUGAAUGUCAUGUUCCCCCAAUCCCCUUCAAAGGUCGAGGUACCCCCUGCGGAAUGGGAUGAAAAGAAAGAAUAUUACGUGGAUAACCUGGUUAUAUAUGUCGAAACUUCACAAAAGAGAUUAUUGAAAGUCGGUAAAGAGUUGACGUUGAGGGAGAUUAUACGGAAAGCUAAAAGAGAUCAGAAUCAGAAAGAUGGAGUGGAGAAAGCUGGAAUAGUGUUGAAAGAUGGUUUGAUGAGUUUUGUUGUGUUGCCCAAGGGUGAGGUAGAGAAGAGGUGGAUAGAAGAAUUCAAGAAGAGUAGAGAUGGUAAAUAG